AUGCAGCCGGCAAUGAUGAUGUUUUCCAGUAAAUACUGGGCAAGGAGAGGCUUUUCUCUGGAUUCAGCAGUGCCCGAAGAGCAUCAGCAACUUGGCAGCUUAACACUAAAUAAAGCUAACUCUGGCAAAAGUGAUGACAAAAAAGGCGCCAAAGGAAACAGCAAAACUGACACUGCUACAGAGAGCGGCAAGACUGCGGUCAUAUUCUCCCUGAAAAAUGAAGUUGGCGGAUUGGUCAACGCGCUGAAACUCUUCCAGGAAAAACAUGUCAACAUGGUUCACAUCGAGUCCAGGAAAUCCCGGCGAAGAAGCUCGGAGGUUGAAAUUUUCGUGGACUGUGAGUGCGGCAAAACAGAAUUCAGCGAGCUCAUUCAGUCACUGAAAUUUCAAACCACAAUCGUGACGCUGAAUCCGCCAGAGAACAUUUGGACAGAGGAAGAAGAGCUGGAGGAUGUGCCCUGGUUCCCCCGGAAGAUCUCUGAGUUAGACAGAUGCUCUCAAAGAGUCCUCAUGUAUGGCUCUGAACUGGAUGCCGACCACCCAGGAUUUAAAGACAAUGUGUAUCGACAGAGAAGAAAGUAUUUUGUGGAUGUCGCCAUGGGUUAUAAAUAUGGUCAGCCCAUCCCCAGGGUGGAGUACACGGAGGAAGAAACGAAAACUUGGGGCGUUGUAUUCCGCGAGCUCUCCAAACUCUACCCAACUCACGCUUGCCGGGAGUAUUUGAAAAACUUCCCUUUGCUGACUAAAUUCUGUGGCUACAGGGAAGACAACGUGCCCCAGCUGGAAGACGUCUCAGCUUUUCUGAAAGAAAGGUCUGGCUUUACAGUGAGGCCGGUGGCUGGAUACCUGAGUCCUCGAGACUUUCUGGCAGGACUGGCCUACAGAGUGUUCCACUGUACUCAGUACGUCCGCCAUGGCUCGGACCCCCUCUACACCCCGGAACCGGACACAUGUCAUGAACUCCUGGGACACGUGCCACUACUUGCAGAUCCUAAAUUUGCUCAGUUUUCACAAGAAAUAGGCCUGGCGUCUCUGGGAGCAUCAGAUGAAGAUGUUCAGAAACUAGCCACGUGCUAUUUCUUCACGAUUGAGUUUGGCCUUUGCAAGCAAGAAGGGCAGCUGCGGGCAUACGGAGCCGGCCUGCUCUCCUCCAUUGGAGAAUUGAAGCAUGCGCUUUCUGACCAGGCGUGUGUGAAAGCCUUUGACCCAAAGACCACUUGCUUACAGGAAUGCCUUAUCACCACCUUCCAGGAAGCCUACUUUGUUUCAGAAAGUUUUGAAGAAGCCAAAGAAAAGAUGAGGGACUUUGCAAAGUCAAUUACCCGUCCCUUCUCAGUCUACUUCAAUCCCUACACCCAGAGCAUUGAAAUUCUGAAAGACACCAGGAGUAUUGAAAACGUGGUGCAGGACCUCCGCAGCGAUUUGAACACAGUGUGUGAUGCCUUGAACAAAAUGAACCAGUAUCUGGGGAUCUGAUGCCUGGGACCAGUGUCGUUGCCAGUGUGAUCUUCUGGGGGCUUAGCAGCAUUUCAGUCAAUGUCAUUUAAUGCCAAUAGCUUUCUGUGUCAUGGCUGGGGUAGUAAGCGUGCAAUUCUGUAUAUUUCUACCUACUUGUAACUUACUGUGUCAGUGUGUGAAAAGACACCAUAAAAAACUUGAUGACAGAUAACUACUCAUUGUAUGAAAGAUCGUAAUACAUUUAAAUGUCUUAAGUAGAUUUGACAUUCUUGCUCAGUGUCCUCAACCAAACCGCAGCUAUUUAAAAUUGGUAACAAAUAGCCCUCUUAUGAUUCUAGCGUGUGACCUUUUCUUUUUCAGAGCUGAGCCUUUCUUCUGUGUUCAUUAGAUAAAAUGAAAAUAGCAGUGAAACUGUUUCUAUUUUCGCUCGUAUCAGUGUUCUCACAGCAUUAUUUGAGAUAAACCCAGAAUUGUAUGAAACUUCCCAUCACAUUAACAAAAGAUUCAGUAUUCUGUUUCAAAAAUUGGAAGUAGUGAACACUUUAGGGGGAAUGGCUUUUAGGUUGAUUAUUUAUACAAUGUGAAAAAAAAAAAAGCUUUUAGAAGUAGAAUAUGUAAGUUGUACUGGCUUUAUAGAAACUGAGUUGUGGCAUGCUUCCCAAAGUAUUUUGGAAGAAAACACUUACAGAAAGGACAUUAAGAACGACUGAACAGUGGGGAAUAAAUCUUGGGACUAUGAAUUUUAUGCUGGAAUAAAGUGAAUUAUCAUGCUGAGGUGUUUAACCCAUUUCUCCUGGAGAACAAUAAUAUCAUAGAGCUUUCAGUGAUUUCAGUGAUACAGAAAUUGAGGCUCAGAGAGGUUAAGUAAUUUGUCCAAAGUAGCACAGUUUGUCGUGCGCCAACAUUGACAGCCCAUUGCAUCUCAUUUUUGGAUUGCUAAGACGUUCAGUGUGGUGUAUGCAUGCAUUUAUGUGUAGUCAGAGAAGGGAAACUAAUGCUUUUCAAACCUAACCACAAAACUAUCACUAAAUAGGACUUGAUGUUUCCUCUCA